UUGCGGUGUUUACAGGCGUCCGGAGCCUCUGGUGAGAUGGUGCUGUCUCCGACAGUGAUAUAACCUGAUUCACUGUGUCAUGUGAGAGUAGUUUGAGCGAAUAAAAAGUUUUUUAAAUAAUAAUAAUAAUAAAUUGGAGUUAGUUUUAAAUCAGAGCUGAGGAGCGCCAUGUAUCGGUCUCUGUACGCGUUCAAAUCGAAGGAGCCGAACUCGAUGCCGUUCGCGGCCGGAGAGAGUUUCCUCAUCCUGGAGAGGAGCAACCAGCACUGGUGGCUGGGAUCCCGCUGCAGCUCCGGAGAAACCGGCUACAUCCCGGCCUCCUACCUGGAGAAAAUCCCGGCUCCGGAGCAAGAUGAGGUUCUGCAGUCGAUAGACAGAGCCAUCGAGGGGAUCCACAAUGUGGCCAUGAAGAACGGCGGGAAGUACAACCUGGAGCAGAGAGAUGUGCUGCAGAAGCUGAUCCACCACAGGAAGGAGACGCUGUCUCGCCGUAGUCCGACUCCGUCCAAUCACAAAACAGGAAUUCCCUCCUCCAGCAGUGAGAUGUCUCUAAGCUCCGCCCACCAAACCCCCAACGGCCUGAGCCGGGCUUACAGCUGCCAGGCCAACGAGUCGAUCACAGAUAACGCAGAGAACGUGAAUGUACCGGGACUUUAUCAGGUUCCUCCUCAGCCUCGUCGAGCCGCUCCCAUUACCCCUCCCCCUCCAGAGAAACAAAAAGAUAAACGACGGCCAGGUCCUGAGGUUCCAGUCAGAGUGAUCUCCUCUGGCUCCGCCCACAUCCCCGGUCAGACCACCCCUGUUUCUCUCUCUCCGACCAUAAGCUCCACCUCCUCACAGUCUGGCUCCACCCACUCCAUCGUACUCUCUGAUGACAGCCUUCCCAGUGCGUCUAGCACUCCGCCUCCUGUGCCAAGCCGAUCGAAAGCUCCGCCCCCUCCUCCGCCUGACAUCUCGGACACUCAGAAGACCCCGCCCUUUCCUCAGUCUGAGCUCUCUCACUCUAAACAGACCACUCCUCAUCCUCCUCCACCUGAUCUGUCCCAAUCUAAAAAGACCGCACCCCUUCCUCCACCUGAACCCUCCUCUUCCUCCUCCUCGGACAAAGGUCCGGCCCCUCUAACCCAGCCUCAGCCAAUCAUGUCUCAGUCUGAGAUCGAGGAAGCCGAGUGGCCCUCAGCCCCGCCCUCUGUAUCUCUCAGCCCUACCACUACUGACAGCCCCAUGUGUCUGUCCUUGGUUCCCAUGACGACAGGGGCGGAGUUGAUUGAGCUGGUCAGGAAGAACACAGGCCUUAGUUACGAGAUGUCACGCGUCGCUGUGGGCAUCGUCGUCGGCCAUCUCCAGGCGACCAUCCCGGGGGCGGCGGCCGAGCUGGAGCAGGUGUUGCUCUCUUUGGUUGAGAACAAGGACCUGAGUGCGGCGUUGCCACGGGGACAGGUGUGUCACGAUGAGCAGCGGUUGGAGGUGAUCUUCAAUGAUUUAGCUCGUCACUGUGACGACUCGCAGCAGCGCAGCUGGGCUCUGUACGAGGACCACGAGCUCAUCGCGUGCUACCUGGAGGAGUUACUGCAGAUACUGACAGAUGCAGAUCCAGAGGUGUGUAAGAGGAUGUGCAGGGCCAAUGAGUCCGAGCCCGUACUGUCUCUUGUCUCUUAUUACCAGAUGGAACAUCGUGUGUCUCUGCGGCUGCUGCUGUUGAAGGUGUUUGGUGCGAUGUGUGGUCUGGACGCCUCGCUCAUCUCCACACUGCUCAACUCCAUCCUCCCCAUGGAGCUCGCACGAGACCUGCAGACCAACACACACGGUCGGAACACACACGAACAUCAGAAGAUGUGUUACACAGCGCUGGUGUUGGCCAUGAUCUUCUCCAUGGGGGAGCAGCUUCCCUACCACCAUUAUGAUCACCUGAACUCUGGAUUUAUUCAGUUCCUGUUAGACGUGAUUGAGGACGGACUUCCAUCAGACCCGACUGAACAGCUCCCAGACCUGAGUGUCAACCUGCUGCUCGCCUUCAACCUGCACCUCACAGUGCCGGACAGUAACGUGGUGAUGCAGACUCUCAUAAAGAGACAUAAUGUGAAAACUCUUACUGAGAAAAUCAUGCUGCUGCUCAACAGAGGAGAGGACCCUGUUUGUGUAUUUAAACACGCCCCCCUGGCUCCACACUCCGUACUCAAGUUCCUGCAGGACGUUUUCUCCAGUCCCAACACGGCCGACAUUUUCUACCACACCGACAUGAUGGUGAUGAUCGACAUCGCAGUCCGGCAAAUAUCAGACCUGUCUCCGGGAGAUAAGCUGAGGAUGGAGUACCUCUCGCUCAUGCAUGCCAUUGUGCGCUCCACCGAUUACCUGCAGCAUCAGCACCGUCUCUCUGACCUGCAGGCAGCGCUGCGGAGGAUUCUGGGAGAGGAGGACGACCCCGGCAAGGACGAGAGCUCGGCUCAGGCCAGAUACAUGGACAAGCUCAUAGUGCAGCAGAUUUAUAAAGAGUUCCCUCAGCUCGGCACAGAAUGACGGCUCCGUCCCUAAAGCUGACCGAGUGCACUGCACCGAGGUCCCUUACACACAGGGAGCAGGUGUAGAGUCGAACGUCAGAGAGUACGACAUGCACGAGGAAUUACUCAACAUAAAUGCUCGUAGAGACAAAACAAGUGCAUUACCAUAUUUUCCAGAUGAUCUACACUCUCUGAAAUACUUUGUUUCACUUUAUUAUAGCAGCUUUUUUAACCCAAAAGUCGAUCAGUGACAUCAUUAAGGUCCAUAAUCUCAAUUUAGAUGAAAAGAUUGUGUAAAAUAGCAGCAGCAAACAGCAGCGGUAGUAUACACACGUUUAAUUAAAAAAUAAUAAUAAUAUUUGGGUUGGGGGGGUUUUCAGUCAUCGUCUGCAUCAGUUCCAGCUACACCUGCACCUUUAGACUUUUGGAGGUGGAGCACUAAUGCCAAGUGACAACACACUGCAGUGGGGGGGGCGGGGGAGUGGGGGGGUUGGGGGGCGCUUGCUCAAGUUUUCAGAUUACAAUAAGUCAUACUUGAGAUGCUGUUCAGAUUUAUACACAGAUUAUAACAUCUGUAUGCACCUUAUAGUCUGGGAAAUACGGUAAUGAGUGCUGGAGGUCAGAUUACAUUAAACAGAUUGUAGCUAACUCAUGGACUUCCUCAGGCUUCUUCAUCAGCAUUAGGGAAUAAAUCUGAUCUAACAACCUGCAGUGGUUUUCCUUGUCCGUGUAGAGCACGCUUCCUCACGCUUCAUCACACUUCAACUGAAUCUCAGCUUUAAUCUCCUGAGCCUUAUAAACCUCCUGUGCUGUGUCCUAAACCGAGCUGUUCUGGUGAGCUUCAUACUGCAAUACUCUUAAUGUCCGUGUUUUUCAUCCAUUCAGUUGAUCAUUUUUGUUCAGAUACAUCUCACAUCGUCUCAGUCUCUACCGCUCUCCUCUUUUUUUCUGGGUCUUUUAGUUGAUUAAUUCCAUUAUUGUAACGUAAUGGAGGAGAACUUCUUUGCCUGUCUGUCCAGUAUUAAACAUUAGAUCAGGGGUACCUAGUGAGAUCUUUCUGUCAGUAUUAUAACCCGCACACACUCUUUAACUCGUACACACAGGAACAUACAGUAUGCCAAUGCAGAGAAACACUGAACUCAGAAUCCAAGGCGUGAUUGAGUGAACACGCUGUGUGUGAGAGAUUGUGUGGAAGUGAUGAAUUGAGUGUGAAUGUGUUUCAUGUUGCUUUAAUGAUGUGUUAAAGCUGAGACGAUUGUGUUCAGAAGGGAAUUAGUAACAAAAUGUAUUUUCGUAAAAGUUUACAACACUAAUAAAGAUGCCAGUCAUCCUAAUGAACAUUAA